UAAAUAUAAAAGAUAACAAUCCAGAGACCUGUGAUUACAACGAAGUUUUCAGUAUGAUUGAAAAAUUGAGUUUAGAAAAUAUUCCCAUUGAUCUGAAGUCGGAUAGACAGUCUCCAAUAAAUUGGAAUGACAGGUAUAACAUUAUAAAUGAGAAGAGAGUGGGAAUAUGCUGCAUCAUAAACCAAGAAGUGUUUUAUCCAUCUAAAGCUAGCAUGGAACUUGCUAAUGGGAAUGCACUGCCAAGACGUGACGGCUCAACUAAAGAUAAAGUUAUGCUGGAAAAGACUAUGCGUGCCUUGAACUUUGAUAUUAUUACCAGAGAUAAUCCUAACAGAAAUGAAAUGGUAGCAUUUAUACAAGAAGUGUUAAAGAAAGUCUCAGCUGAAGAUAGUGUGUUUAUGCUUUGCAUACUUUCUCAUGGCAUUAGAGGAUGUGUGUAUGCAGCAGAUUCCAUACCAAUAAAAGUUGAUUAUAUUCAAAGCUUAGUGGAUGAAAAACAAUCUUUAAGAGGAAAACCGAAAGUCUUAAUCCUGCAGGCUUGCCAAGAAGAUGAUACAACCUUACCAUUAGUUCCUGACAGCCCCCAUAACAUGAGAAAGACAGACUUCUUAGUUUGCUGGGCGACAGCACCAGAAUUAGUUGCUUACAGACUUUCUAGUAAAGGAUCAUUUUUCAUUCAAAUAUUAUGUGAAAUCAUUAGUAUUAGAGGUAAAAGGGAACAUUUAUUGGAUAUAUUCACUAUUGUAAAUGAAGAGGUUGUUAAAAAGUGUACUUUGUGGGGGGUAGAACAAGCACCUAUUGUUAAUCAUACUUUGAGGAAAAAGUUAUAUUUACAAAAGUCUGAUUAAAAGUAAAAUUUGGAUUUGAAAAUACAGGAAUAAAACUUUUUUAAGCUUUAAAGUUGACAUUUUUAAAGAAGGUAAUGAAAUAAACAUUUUUCGUACA